AUGAAAGCGGUGAUUUGGGUCCCUUCCGGGGAGAUUUCCCACGCGCUGGCAAACCAGUGCACCGACAACGCGUACGGUUACUACUGUUGCACCACCAAAACCACGACGGUAACCACUACCUCGGUCUCCUCUCCUGUUCCGUCCCCAACGGCCAAACUAACAUCCACAACCGCCAAACCAGCUACCAGCACUGCUUCCUCUAUGGCAUCAAGUACAACGUCGAGAUCUCCGACAACGACGACGCACCACACGCCAACAACAUCACCUUCGAAUGACAUCAACUCGCUGCCAAGCAGUACCGACCCAAUCGUGAAUGCCCUCGAAGGAGACCCCACCGAUGCACCCGCGAACAACAACCCCAGCUUCAAGUGGCGCCAAGGCCAUCGCAUCUGUUGGCUCGUUGAUUAG